AUUAUCUACACUCCAUUCCAAGAGAUCGAAUCUUAUUUAAGGCGACGAGAUUCGCCAUCUGUUUUCAAAUUUCAUUCCUCCAUGAACUUUAUUUUCCCCGACUUUGGGAAGAAUGAUAACCUGAUCGAUGCUCUAUCUGGCCACCGUCUACAUAUAUUUUCAGUGGCGGUCUCCCACUUUGCUUAGAGUCGGCUGGUCAAUUUUUUGUUUCGUGCACACACAGGAACACGCGCAAAACACAUUUUACAGAGCAGAUAGAAAAACUUAAGUGCAGCCAGCUUGGGUGUAGAAGGCUAGACCCAUAUGAGCUUCUCAAUCUCUUUCUCUCCACCCCCAUCUCUACUCUGCUCUUUCCCCGCGUCCUGGACCUCUCUUUCAAGCUCGCUUGCUCUCCCGCUAGCAAGCGCUGUCAACCUGCCUCGCCCUCUCAACCUGCCUCGCCCUCUCAUAUAGCAUUGUUUAUCGUGUUUCUCGUCAUAUCUCCAUCUGGUUCGCAGCUUCUUCUUCUUGUCCCAUCUCUUACGCACCGCGGACGCAGAUGGAAGUGACAUAGGAAACGUUUAGAGCGGACAACAUUUUUUUUGCAUUUGUCCUCUUUUCUUUUAUCAAACUAGCCUAUCUGUUUUUACGCAGGACAUUUCAACAGAGUUUUGUUUGUUUUUGUUUACCAGCCUGGUUGUGUACACUCUAGUCUACUCAUACUAGGUCCGUUUUUCUUUAACCUAAUACUCAAUAUUCAGAUUAUUUUCUGUUUAUCAGUAACUUUUAUAGCUAUAGUCUACCCGAUUUAUUAGCCUAUUUAUAUUUCUUUGAGUUGCUUUAGCCUACUAUUAUGCACAGGUGGAGGAUGGGCAGUGAAAAGUGCUCAUGAGUUGAUUCCCAGUCGUCAGAAAGCUCUGUCUAUGUCAGUUACGUCGACCGGACCCCGGAAACUCAAGUGGGACCUACUGCCAAGUCGAUGAGAGCGCAUCGGAGAAGGUGUAGUGGAGGCAUGGACUGUAACUGCGUCAGUGAUCUGUUGCUCACCCCCCCUGUCCCUGCCCUCUGGACUCCAGGUGAGGCAAGCAGGAUUGGGGCACUUUUUUGCGGAAGCCGGGGCAUCGCCUUCCCAGACUGGGCCUACAAGCCUGAGUCGAGCCCCGGCUCGCGACAGAUUCAGCUUUGGCACUUCAUCCUGGAGCUGCUGCAGAAGGAGGAGUACCAGAGUGUGAUUUCCUGGCAGGGGGAAUAUGGAGAGUUUGUCAUCAAGGACCCUGACGAGGUGGCCAAACUGUGGGGCCUCAGGAAAUGCAAACCCCACAUGAACUACGAUAAGUUGAGCAGGGCGCUAAGGUACUACUAUAAUAAGCGCAUUUUGCACAAAACCAAGGGGAAGCGUUUCACCUACAAGUUUAACUUUAGUAAGGUGGUGCUGGUGAACUAUCCUCUGCUGGACAUGGCCAGCUCCCCUUUCCUGCUCCAGAACCACUUCAAUGGGGGCUCCGCCGCGCCCGACUGCAGCCCUGUCACACCCGAGGCCCUGCAGUCUCUGUUCCCUCGUUUGCCAGAGUCAGGGAGAGGAACCUCCCUGUUUGAUCGAGUGGCCACAGUCCCGGGACCAGAGGGAGAUAAACUGAGACUGGACACAUUCCCCUUCCUCAGCUCAGCCGCUCCCUGUUACUCCAAGCCCCCGUCCCUGUUGGGUCCUUACCCCCGCAACCCUCCCUUCGACUACCCCUGGGGCUUCAACCCCUACCUCUCAGGGGCCUUCUCCCUCAACAACUGCCCCAAGCUGCCCCCCGGCUCCCUCUAUCCCUCCCACUUCUACCCCAACCCGCUGCAGACCAGCCUGGGCCAGCUGCCUCACCCCUUCUCCUCCCUACUCCCCCCGGGGGAGGUGGCAGGAGGGGGACAGAGGGGAGCAGCGGGCCAGACCGGGGUUACUAACGGCACGGCAGGUGGGCAGCCCAGACUCUGCCUGCCUCCUUACCCUGGUGCUCUGUCGCUGGGCCGGACGGACAUUGUCAACGGGGGCUCUGUUGGUGAGAGGGAGAGAAGGGAAUCCAACACCCCAGGCACGGAGCCUGGGUUGGGGCUAGGGUUAGGGUUAGGGCUGGGUCUGGGAGGGAUGGGUCUUGGUGGUGUUGCUGGGGGGGCGACAGAGCCCAUUAGAGCGGCGAGGCGGGGUGAAGCAGGACCCAGAGUCAGACUCAGACCUGGAGAUCACAGAUCUGAGCGACUGCAGCUCAGACAACGACAACGAGCCUGACUUCAGCAUCACCAAGGAGACCAGGCUGAGUGAUCGAUCACAGACCCUGGUGGAGGGGAAGAAAGGGGGAGCACUGCCACCUCUCUCCUCCCUCCCUCCCCCCCGUGUCCUCCCAUCCUCUCAAGAGCCUGGUGCCCCUCACCCCUCCCCCUCCGUCCCUCCCUCUAUCCCUCUCUCCCUCCAUGGCUCUGGUUGAACGGCACAGGGAGACAGAGACUCUAAAAUUGAUCCACAGCUAAUAGAUUCUAUUAGAUAACUCUCUAUCUCUUUCUCUCUCCUCUCUUUCGCUCCCUUCAUCUGUUAUGUUGUCCUUUAUUUGAGCCAUCUUGCCCCGUCUCUCUAUUUUUAUUUCUUCCUCUCUCUCUCCACCCUUCUUCUCUCUCUCCACCCUUCUGUUCUCUCUUUACAUGUUGACUUGUCCAACAUAGCUGAGAUAGUGAGCUUGCUGAUUUUGACAUUACUGAGAGUCUACCAUGUUUCAGAUGUAUGUGUACUACUUAUUCAUCAUGUGCUCCCACAGAUUUUAUUGUCUCAAGGUUUCAGUGAUGUUUUGAGCUUUAACAGCAUUGUACGUUGUUCUGUGCUAUUCGUAUGUUACCGUGUUACUGCAAUGGGCCCAUAAAACUGCAUAAAUAUAACUCAAUGUAUAAUGAAUUACAUUAAAAUAUAAUACUAGAACAAUAAUAAACAACACUACAAUAUACACACAUAAGAUGAAUUGCAAUAAUGGCCGCAAGAAAUUAUAUCUGACAGAGACAUUGCUUUAGUUUUUUGGGGAUUCCUUUUCUUGGGUACCGGUAUGUAUUUUUCUAUUCAAAACAUAGUCAAACAUUGCCAGCUGGUGGUCUUUAUAGGAGGCUGCUACAGUUCAUUGUUUGUUGGGAAACAUGAUCAUCCCCCAAAUCCAAACAAUUAGUCAUUUUGCUCUGCUAAUGUAAUGCUCUGGUAUUGUAAUGCACAUUUCUAACUCCAUACUUGUUUGUUUGUUAUUGUUUAAUGCUCAUUUAAAUUGCUUAACUUUUUUCAGUGAGAGGGAGAGAAAGAGAGAGAGAGAGAAAGACAGAGCAAAAGAGAGAGCUGGACAAAUUUAGAAUUUGUAUCAAUAUUUAAUUGUAUAUAUUUUAUUAUGGUGUACAUUACAUUUAAUUAUUAUCAAUAUUAUAAAAGUUAGCUGUGUUGGUGUGAUUUAAUUACGUAUUUAAAUAAUGUUGGGAAAUUGACAAGUAUAGGUGUAUUAAAGUUUUAAAUACUUAACAGCAGUCAGAGUAUCUGCACUGGGAAGGUGUUUUUUCUAUGAGGAGGACUCAUAUAUGGGGAAUUGUCUCAUAUUUUCUCAACUCCAGCUAAUUGUACCCUUUGGUCAUUUUCCAAGAAGCCCUUUGGGUUUAAAUAUUCUGGUAGUCUUAUUUUUAUAGUUAGCAUUCACCCAGUGUAACUGUUCUGUAAUUUCUCAAAUGUGAGAAAUUUUGGUUUCAGCACAUUCUUUCAACUACAACAACAACAAAAUAUGUAGAUUAUUUUUGAGUCUAAGCUUUUUAUCCAUGGCAACAGUUAGGCAGUUGGUCCCCCUGUAGAAAUUAAAACAAGAGGUACAAAGUAUCUCAAUACCAACUAGGGACAUUCCAUGUUGCUCACUUUGAAGCACAGAGUGCAUACUAACUACCCCACAUUGUACAGAUUCAUAUGGUAUGGUUUGUAACAGGUGGAGGUAUAACAUUAGGUGUGAAAGCCCUAUUGUAAAGGUCAUGUAAUUCUAUAUUUGUUGGAUUCUACCAGAAAUCUCUGUUUUAUGAUCUCUGUGUGGCAUUCACCAACACCGCUGUAAAUACUCUUUCCUUUGUGAAUGUAUGUGUACACAUCCAAAAUGAUCAUGCCGUGAAAUAAUAAGUCACAUCUCUUUGUUUUAUUGUAAAGAGGAAAAAUGGAAAGAUCAAAAAUAAGAAAAAAAUAUGAAUAACUUCUAAAGCAAUAAACAUUAUUCUGGAGAUUGGACUGUUGUUGGCACUGAACUCACUGUGUGAAUGUGUGCUUUACACAGGAAGAGGCUCCUAUAGGCCUGCUUGAGACCCCUGGUGUAGAGCAUCCUUUCUCCACAGGGUGGCGAACCUGGACCUAUAUUACAAUGUAAUGACCUUAUCUAGUCUACACGAAUAGUUUGCAUUAUAUCAUGGAAGGGUUUGAUUUCAUGAGCAUGAGUAAAAAAUUGGCCAUGGUUUCCCUUAGUCUUAUUUUCCUUGCAUGUGUAAUUGACUGAUUGAGUUCAAUGAGUUGUAAUAGUCAGGGUAAUGGGACAGCAUAUGCCAUAUGGCCUCCUCUCUCAAGGAUAUGUCAUGAAAAUCUGCCGCCUACCUUUAUUAAACGUGUUGAUUAAAAUGUCA